AUGCCUCCCAAUUUGACCAAGCACCCUGCAGAUUUUGUUGCUCUCUCAUUCUAUAAGAUUUUUGGGUAUCCAACUGGCCUUGGAGCCCUUGUCGCAAGGAAAUGUGCUCUGAAGGUGUUGAAGCAUGGGUAUUUUGGUGGUGGGACUCUGGAGGCCGUGGCUGCUGAGUCAACCUUUGUGAAACGGCGGCCUGGUGGUGCUGCCUGGGAGCAUGGCACCCCAAACUUCAUAGCCAUUGCAUCAUUGAAGCAUGGGUUCAAGAGAUUGGCCAGUCUUGGAGGGUUUCCAGCAAUUCACUUGCACACCACAAGCCUUGCCACCUGGCUCUCGCAGAAGCUGGUAGAGCUGAAGCAUGCCAACAACAAGCCCGUGUGCCGCCUGUAUGGUGCCUCGAAGCCCAAGAUGGGCCCAAUAGUUGCAUUUAACCUCCUGCAUGACGAUGGCUCUUGGGUAGGGUAUAGGGAGGUGGAGAGGCUUGCACGCCUGAACAACAUUUAUAUCAGGACAGGAUGUUUUUGCAAUCCAGGUGCCUGCUCAAAAGCCCUGGGCCUUACCUUCCAAUCCAUAAUUGGAAACUACGAAGCUGGCCACAUAUGUGGGGACGACUUUGACCUUGUAGAUGGCGUUCCCACAGGUGUAGUCCGAGUGUCCAUUGGCUAUUCUACGUCGUUCGAGGAGGUUUACAGAUUUUUGACAUUCAUAACAACUUAUUUUGUCCAUUCCGAAGCAGAGAUAGGGGCAGCGGGGCCGUGCCAAAAUGAGUGCACAAAACACUUUGUGGAUCGUGCGCCCAACACAGCGGAGGCCCAGCAGAGCGAGGGUGUUGCCCCCUUUGUAGAAUGGAGACCGACACCUACCCUGCUGCAAGCAGCUACCGAGCUCGCUGGGGACGGCUGUCCAAGGCAAAGGUUGAAUGCGAGGGGGGAUGGUUGCCCAUCAAGUCCUGAGGAGGCCAGCAUCGUGAAUUCUCCAUCUAUUGAAGCACUUCGCCAGGCCGCACACGCACAAUCUGGCGCCAAUGGGGAGAGUACAUCAGCCGUCAGACCGUGCAGCAGGGGAAGACUGGAGCAGUUGUUCCUGUAUCCGGUGAAGUCCUGUGGCGCCCAGCAGGUGCAGUCGUGGCCCGUUGGGCCCGGUGGCCUCCUGUUCGACCGGCACUGGGCCCUUGUGGACGGUCGCGGCAGGCUCAUGACGCUGCGGUCCCACGCCCGUAUGGUCCUGAUCAGGCCGCAGGUCGACUUGACGGCGCGAACGCUCACGCUGCGGUCGCGCGAACAGGGCGUCCCGCCCAUCUGCGUGUCCAUCGACGAGGAGCUUCCAGCGACGACCACCCGGAGAGGCGAACACCUUCAUGACUCAUCGAGGUGCGAGACCGAGGCAUCCAGUUCUACGUCGGCUGAGGAGCGUCGCGCUGGUCCGCUGUGCAUCAGGCUGUGCGGGAAGAGCGUCCUGUGCAACGAACAGUGGGGGGUGUCCGUGGAGCACGAAGAGCUGCGCUCGUGGCUCCGGCGGGCGCUGUCCGUGGACUGCACGCUGGUGCGCCUGCACCAGCCCGAGGCCGAGCAGGCUGUCGAACAGGCCGACCACACUCGCUCUGCAGACGGUCUAUAUCCGGCAUGUGCACACGGCGCUGAGGCUGCCGCAGAAAGCGUGGACAACGGCAGCGCCGCUGCCGUUCCAGAGGCUCACGGGGGUCGCGGGCGCCGCCGCUCGCCUGGCGGGCGAUCCGGCUUCGCGAACGAGGACGGGAUGCUGUUGGUGUCCACCGCCAGCCUUGACGACCUGUCCUCCAGGCUGUCCACAG